AUGUAUCCCUUCAAUCCGUCGGGUCCAACUUACGAGCAGUCUACCACAGUUGACGCGCCCGGGUCAAGGAUGAUCAAAGCAGCCAGCACUCUGUACUUCGCCUACGGGAGCAACUUGCAUCUCGCGCAAAUGGCCCAUCGCUGUCCCGGAAGCGUUUUCAAAGGAAAGGCCACUCUCGAGUCUUAUCGCUGGCAGAUUAAUGAGCGUGGAGUCGCAAACGUCGUUGAAUCUGGAAGCGAGCACUCAGUCGAGGGCCUUCUCUACAUGAUUGGUCCCAAAGAUGAAAGGGCCCUGGAUCGCAACGAAGGCGUGUCAAAAGGUUUCUACCAGAAGUAUCUCAUGAGAGUUUCUUUUGAACUACACCCACAAUACGGGAACUUCAAGACUGGUCGUUUAGCCCAUUUACUUGAGCAGCGCCGGGACUCGAUGAGCGGAGAUGGGACUCAUUUCCCCAACAAUGCCAAUCGCAAAGUGAGAUUCAAUGCACCACCUCACAUUGAUCCUGUGUCCUACAUGGACAGCGAGGAGCGCUCAGGACGCCAUGCACGCACUGAACAAGUCAAAGCAUUGGUGUAUGUUAGCGAGGACUACACUACCGAUGGCGCCAUCAGAGAGGAGUACAUCGCAAGGAUGCAAAACGCCGUCAACGAUGCAGUAUCGCUUGGCGUCUCUAAAUCAUUUGCGAACAAAUAUAUCGUCCCAUUUCUCGACUCCGAGCAAAUUUGGCACCUGUCCGAGAGAAAGUCUACAGAAAUACACCACGAAAAGCCCCGUAAGCUGCUGGAACUGGAAGCCGAGCCAGAAGCUCAGGCUAUCGUCAAUGAAGAGCCAAAGGAAGAACUUCUUAGCGAUAAGCCUCCAGUAGAGAGCAACGCGGCGGACGUCUCAGGUUCGGCAACUGAUGAAAAGUCGAGUGACGUGGAUAUGGACGAAGAAACGAACCAAGAAGCGUCAACGAGUGAGCCUGUAGUCAAGCAGGAUGAUCUGUCUGGGUAUAUCGAUCUAUCGAAGCUCAGAACAAAGAACCGUGACGGAGAUGAUGGCUCCGGCAUGUUCCCCACUGAUUUGUUGGAAGCUGUUGACAAGGUCAACCAUUCCACCAUCGAUGGCAGUGGGAAGAACAUAUAUGUUGUUAUUGUCAAACAGAAGGGUACCGAGGCUAACUCUAGCUUCAGCGUCGCCUCAGCGUCCAAGGGGAUUCAAGCGGCUAAUGAGCUUGCUAUGAAAGAGUUCAAAGAGUUAUGUGCGCUGAACGCAAAGCCAGUGGUGGAAGUUGAAGAGCCGGAUGUCGUGGUUGUCAAAGAGGGCUCUCCCGGUGAUUUGACCUGGAAGCUGGAAGAAGACGCUUAUCUUCAUCUCAGCAGUGCAAGACCUGGAGAGGAGCCUUGGUUGAUGGUAUGGGUGGAGUCAAAACAGCUGCUGGAGUGUCGUUAG